UGGUGGACAUUCGUCCUUAUCAAUCCCUGAAAUUUCUUUGUUUUUCAGUGACCAAAAUGCAUUGGCAACUGUGGCCACAACAUCAUCAUCAUCAUCUCUUCCUCAACCUCCUCUUCAUGCAUGGCUUCUCUCCCUGUCGCCACCACUCUAAAUCCACACAUCACCCACUUCAAACCCACGAAGUCUGUCAAAUUCACACCGACCCAUCUCACAAACCUCCAAGAAAAUGCCAAGAAUUCUCGAACUCUGUACAACUCUCAUUUCAAAGAGAUAUCUUUUCUCUGCAAAGACGAUCGAAUUCAAGAAGCCGUGGAUAUGUUCACUGAAAUGCAGCUCAAGAACUUCCAAAUCGGACCUGAAAUCUAUGGCGAACUCCUUCAAGGGUCCGUUUAUGAGCGUGAUUUCUUCAUGGGUCAGCAAAUUCACGCUUUGAUUAUUAAAAAUGGCGAACACUUCGCGAGAAAUGAGUAUGUUGAAACAAAGCUAGUGAUUUUCUAUGCGAAGUGUAGUUUUUUGGAAGUUACGGUCUAUUUGUUUCGCAGACUCCGAAAACAGAAUGUGUUUUCAUGGGCUGCCAUUGUUGGAUUGUAUCGCAGAAUGGGUUUUAGUGAAGAAGCUUUAUUGGGUUUCAUUGAAAUGCAAGAAAAUUGUUUUCUAGCCGAUAAUUUUGUCGUGCCAAAUGUGUUGAAAGCCUGUGGGGCUCUACAGAUGAUUGGAUUUGGGAAGGGAGUUCAUGGGUAUGUGUUGAAAAUGGGUUUUGGUGGGUGCGUCUUUGUUGCAAGUAGUUUGGUUGAUAUGUAUGGGAAAUGUGGGGUUUUAGAUGAUGCAAGGCAAGUGUUUGAUAAUAUGUCUGAAAGAAAUGUAGUCGCUUGGAAUUCAAUGAUUGCAAGCUACGUUCAAAACGGGAUGAAUGAGGAAGCUAUUGAAGUCUUUUGUGAAAUGGGAAUGGAAGGUAUUGAACCGACUCAUGUCACCGUGGCAAGCUUUCUUUCAGCUUCGGCUAAUUUAUAUGCUCAAGUAGAGGGUAAGCAAGGACACGCUAUUGCAAUCGUAAAUGCGUUCGAUUUAGAUAACAUUUUGGGAAGUUCCAUUAUUAAUUUCUACUCCAAAGUUGGAUUGAUAGAGGAUGCAGAGUUGGUUUUUAGUAGGAUGCUUGAGAAAGAUGUGGUGACGUGGAAUUUGCUUAUAUCUUGCUAUGUGCAAUAUGGUUUGAUUGAGAAUGCGCUCAAUUUGUGUUGUCUAAUGAGAUUAGAAAACUUUAGGUUUGACUCGGUGACUCUAGCAUUGGUACUGUCAGCUUCAGCUGAUACGUGCAAUAUAAAACUUGGUCAAGAGGGCCAUUGUUAUUGUAUUAGAAACAACCUUGAAUCUGAUGUUGUAGUUGCAGGCAGCAUUGUCAAUAUGUAUGCCAAAUGUGAGAGAAUCAGUCAUGCAAGAAGAGUUUUUGACUCCACAACAAUGAGAGAUCUUGUGUUGUGGAAUACAUUAUUGGCAGCUUAUGCAGUGCUAGGUCUGAGUGGUGAAGCACUGAAAUUGUUUUAUCAGAUGCAGCUAGAGGGUGUUCCACCAAAUGUGAUAUCGUGGAACUCUCUAAUUUUGGGAUUCCUGAGAAGUGGCCAAGUCAACAAGGCCAAAGACAUGUUCUCAGAGAUGAAGUCCCUCGGCUUCAAACCUAAUGUGAUUACUUGGACUACCCUCAUUUCUGGCCUGGCUCAAAAUGGAUUUGGAGAUGAAGCAAUUCUACUUUUUCAGCAAAUGCUAGAAGCAGGAAACCGACCCAACGUUGUCAGCAUCGUUGGUGCACUCUCUGCUUGUACAGAGACAGCAUCAUUACAAUUUGGAAAAGUCAUUCAUGGCUAUAUUACAAGGCAGAGCCUUUGUUUGUCUAUUCCAGUCGCAACUGCUCUAGUUGACAUGUAUGCUAAAUGUGGAAGCAUAGAUCGAGCAAAGAAAGUGUUUGAUAUGAUUUUGAUCAAGGAACUCCCUUUGUAUAAUGCAAUGAUCUCCGCUUAUGGAUUACAUGGCCAAGCUGUAGAAGCCCUCUCACUGUUUAAGCAUCUUCGGGAGGAAGCUAUAGAGCCAGACAACGUCACUUUCACUGGUAUCUUGUCAGCAUGUAGCCAUGCUGGCCUCAUAAACAAAGGUUUGGAGUUCUUUGUUGAUAUGGUCUCAGAACACCAUGUAAAGCCUAGUAUGAAACAUUAUGGUUGUGUGGUUAGUCUUCUCUCUCGGCAUGGGAAUUUGGAUGAAGCGCUUAUGCUUAUUCUCAGAAUGCCAUUUGAGCCUGAUGCACAGAUAUUAGGAUCACUGUUGGCUGCUUGUAAAGAACACAGAGAGAUUGAAAUUGGGGAAUAUAUAUCCAAAUUUUUAUUUGAUUUGGAACCGGCUAAUUCAGGAAAUUUUGUUUCUCUGUCAAAUACAUAUGCAGCUGCAGGAAGGUGGGAUGAGGUGUCAAGAUUGAGGGUUUUGAUGAAAGAAAAGGGCUUGAAGAAGAAUCCCGGGUGCAGUUGGAUUCAAAUUGGAGGAGAACAACGUGUUUUUGUUGCAGGCGACAUACCACACUCAGAAACUGGGGAAAUUUAUUCCAUGUUAGCCUUGUUAGGACAGGAAAUGCUAUUACUGGGAUAUGUUCCUAUGCUUAGAAAUGCUGAAUUUUGUUGCUCUUGACCAAUAGGGUUAGAGAUGGACUGGCUAUCCAUGCGGAUAUAAUCAUAAGGUGUUAUUGGUGGUGAAAAGAGCUUGAGGAUAUGAGAUGCCUCCAAAAUGUGACCGAUUGAAAUGGCUUAUCAUCCAU